AUGUCCCAAGACCAGCUUGAAUAUGAGUGGUACGAGUGGUGGGAGCAUGCAGGGUUCUUCAAGGGCGACAACCAGAGCACCAAGCCUCCCUUCGUCAUUGUCGUGCCUCCUCCCAAUGUGACGGGAGCGCUGCACAUCGGGCACGGGCUGACAGCAGCGGUGGAGGACACGAUUGUUCGGUGGAAGCGCAUGAGUGGCUACAACGUGUGCUGGGUGCCUGGAACGGACCACGCUGGCAUUGCCACCCAGGUGGUGGUGGAAAAGAAGCUCAUGAGGGAGAAAGGCUUGUCUCGCCACGACGUGGGCAGGGAAGACUUCGUCAAGGAGGUGUGGAAGUGGAAGGAGGACUAUGGGGGCCGCAUUGGGAACCAGCAGCGCAAGAUGGGGGCGUCUCUUGACUGGUCCCGAGAGUGCUUCACCAUGGACGACAAGCUCUCCCGCGCCGUACACAUCACUCGAUGCCCCUCUCUCUUCUCGAAUCCCGCGCUGAAUCUCCCUCCUUCCCUUUCUCCCUCCCCCCAGUGCUUCACCAUGGAUGACAAGCUCUCCCGUGCCGUUACAGAGGCCUUUGUCCGCCUGCACGACCAGGGGCUCAUCUACAGGGACAAUCGCCUGGUCAACUGGGACUGUGUCCUCCGAACAGCCAUCUCCGAUAUUGAGGUGGAAUACCACGAGCUCAAGGGCCGAACCCUCCUCCCUGUCCCUGGCUACGAAAAGCCAGUGGAAUUCGGAGCCAUCACCUCCUUUGCAUACCCUUUAGAAGCCGACUCAGCACAGGGAGAAGGCGAGGGGGCUUUGACUGAGAUUGUGGUGGCAACCACCAGGCCGGAGACCAUGCUGGGUGAUACUGCUGUGGCGGUUCAUCCGGAUGAUCCUCGUUAUAAGGCACUUCAUGGCAAGUUUGCAGUGCACCCGUUCAGCGGGAGAAGUAUCCCGAUUGUGUGCGAUGCGGAGCUGGUGGACAUGGCUUUUGGGACCGGCGCUGUGAAGAUCACGCCUGCCCAUGACCCCAACGAUUUCGCCACGGGCAAGCGACACAACCUGGAGUUCAUCAACAUCUUUACGGAUGAUGGGCUGAUCAACGCCAACGGUGGGAAGGAGUUCAAAGGGAUGAAGCGGUUUGACGCGCGCACUGCCGUGCUGGAGAAGCUGCAGGAGAAGGGUCUCUACAGGGGCGUGGCAGACAAUCCUAUGCGCCUGGGCUUCUGCUCGCGCAGCAAGGAUAUUAUUGAGCCCAUGCUCAAGCCGCAGUGGUAUGUCAGCUGCGCUGACGUGGCGGCUGACGCGUGCCAGGCUGUCAGGGACGGCCAGCUGGAGUUCAUCCCUAAGGCUCACGAGGAGACAUGGUUCAGAUGGCUGGAGAACAUCCGUGAUUGGUGCAUUUCCCGCCAGCUCUGGUGGGGACACCGCAUUCCUGCGUGGUACGUCACCUUCGACCAAUCAGACGAGGCCGCCGCCUGCGACUUCCCCGUCCGCGACUUCGGCGCGUACAACACCAACUGGGUCGUCGCCCGCACCGAUGAAGAAGCGCGCCGGGCAGCCGAAAAGACGUUCCCGGGCAGAAAAUUCGAGCUCGGGCGUGACCCGGACGUGCUCGACACGUGGUUUUCGUCGGGGCUGUUUCCAUUUUCAGUGUUUGGGUGGCCGGAGGAGACGGCUGAUUUCAAGACGUUUUACCCAACCGCGCUGCUGGAGACGGGGCAUGAUAUCCUCUUCUUCUGGGUCGCAAGAAUGGUGUUCAUGGGGCUUCGGUUGACGGGACAGCUGCCGUUCAAGCAGGUGUAUCUCCACGCAAUGGUGCGCGACGCUCAUGGCCGAAAGAUGUCCAAAUCACUGGGCAAUGUCAUUGACCCUCUGGAGGUGAUCAACGGCAUCUCCCUGCAGCAGCUGCAGGCGAAUCUGGAGAAGGGCAAUCUGGACCCGCGGGAGGUGAACAAGGCGCAGGCAGGGCAGGCUGCGGACUUCCCCAACGGGAUUGCUGAGUGCGGCUGUGAUGCCCUGCGCUUCGCCCUGGUCAACUACACGACACAGUGGAUGAACAUCAAUCUGGACAUUCAGCGAGUGCACGGCUACCGUCUCUGGUGCAACAAGCUCUGGAACGCAAUCCGAUUCGCCAUGCUCAACCUCGGAGACUCCUUCACGCCCCCGUCCGUCCUCCCCCAACCCUCUUCCUCCUCCUCCUCCUCCUCCUCUCCUGCCCUCACUCCCCCGCUCAACUUCGCCUUUUCCGCGCCGCUCCCGCUGGCCUGUCGCUGGAUUCUCUCGGUGCUCAACGACGCGGUUACGCGUGCGGUAACCGCGCUGGAGGGGUAUGACCUGGCAGAGGCGACGAAUGCGGCGUACGCGUGGUGGCAGUACCAGCUGUGCGACGUGUUCAUUGAAGUGGCCAAGCCGGCCUUCAAUGCGGCUGAAGGGGAGGAAGCACUCAAGCUGAAGCAGGUGACGCGCGAGGUCCUCUGGGUGUGUCUGGACGCGGGUCUGCGUCUGCUGCAUCCCUUCAUGCCAUUCGUCACGGAGGAGCUCUGGCAGCGUCUGCCCAAGCCAGCAGACUAUUCGUGGCCUUCGAUCAUGCUCACCCCCUACCCUUCGCCGGUCAAGGAAUGGGCAGACCUCGAGGCAGAGGCAAUGAUGGCGACAGCAGAGAGUGCUGUUCGCUCCAUCCGCUCCCUCCGUAUGGCGUAUGCCCUGCAGCCCAAGCAGCGGCCCACCGCGUAUGCUCAUUGCAAGUCCGAAGCUGCUACUGCUGCUGUCUCGGCUGCUGUUGGCGAGAUCAAGACUCUUGCCACUCUAGCAGAGCUGCAGGUGCUCCCAGCAGGGGAGGCCGCCCCGGCAGGGUGUGCAGUGGCAAUAGUGGAUGAGAGCCUAUCGGUGCACGUGCUGCUGAGAGGGAUGGUAGAUGCGAAAGCAGAAGCGCAGAAGCUGGGCAAGCGCAAGGGCGAAACCUCCAAGCUGCAGGAGGCUCUUGCCAAGAAGAUGGGCGUGCCGGGGUACGAGGAGAAGGUGCCAGCGAAUGUGCGGGAGGAGAAUGCGAGCAAGGCUGCCAAGCUGGCGGCUGAGCUGGCGAGCAUUGACGAGGCGAUCAAGAAUUUCGAGAAGCUGAUGCUGGAUGAGGCUUCGGCUUGA